GGAUUCGCCGCUCCCGCUCCUGUGGCAUUCGCUGCCCCCACCAAGGUCGGCUUCGGUCUGCCCGCCCUGGCCCCUGUCCCACCCAAGGUCGCCUUCGCCGCCCCAGCUCUGGCUCCCGCCCCUCUGGGAUUCGCCGCUCCACCAGCGCCCGUGGCAUUCGCUGCUCCCGCCAAGUUCGGCUUUGGCCCAUUCGCGGCUCCUUUCGGCGCGCCACUGCCCGCUCCCCUGGCCGCGGCACCCAAGUUCGCCGCUCCCUCCCCCUACUUCUUCUAG